AUGGCUGGUUCAAUCAUCUUAGUGUGUACUUUGUUCUUCUUGAUUCUUCUUGUCACGUCAGCUCAGGCAGCCAACAAUUCUUUGAUACGUCCUUCAGAUACUUAUCUAGACCCACAAAAGGAUCCAUGCAAUGCUCUUGAAUAUAUCGCUAACAAUGCGCUCACUGCUAUCGCCUUUGUUUACUAUGUGCUGUUGGUCGUCCUCAUUCAGACUUGUCAAGUAGUCUAUAACGGCGGACACUUCAUGUUGUCCAUGGUUAUCGGGGAAUACAGCACGUUGCAGUCUUUUGCUUUUUAUGCUCUCGGCUUCGCAUUUCGCUUCACUUUACAUUACAGCCCUGACUCAUUGUGGAUUUUCAUUUCCGAAGACUUGAUGAUCGUAUUAUCUCCCUGUUCCUUCAUUGCCGCGAAUUAUGCUCUUCUUGGGUACCUUGCCGGUGAAAUCGACUGCGAACGUCUUGCUUUCAAUGAGGCGGUAGGAGCCUCAUUGAUUACAUCCAAGGUUCAAGGUUUGGCAUCGACGGGACUUCACGUGUGUCCUUGCAUCUGGCGUUUGCGUGUGGGAAUCUGGUCUAACUAUAUCUGUCGGAUUUUGUUGGCCGGCCUCUCCGUACAACUGUUCUCCUUCGGUUUCUUUUGUGCCGUCUACACUGAGGAACAGGAUGUCUGGGUGCGAGACUCAACACAACCCUGGUAUAGGGACUGGCGAACGCUCGCUACUGCCUUGGUGGUCAGUUGUAUCGGACUUCUGAUUCGUUCUGUCUAUCGUGUUGUGGAAGCUAGUCAGGGCUUCCGCGGCAAUCUCAGCACAAGCGAGACAGCCUUCUAUCUGGGUGACACGAUUCCCAUUUGCUUGGCUAUCUUUGUGUAUGUUCCAUUCUGGCCUGGAAGGUUCAUAAAGAAUAGCAGUCAUCCCUCUUCUAGUCUGACCCUUGAGCAAGGUGCCGGUAUGGGAGCCUACGGAAGUUUCCGGUACCCAGCGUCCAAUUGAGCGAAAGCGGCGCGUUCUUCUUUGUUCCCUCCUUUGCCUUCCUUUCGACGACGAGCUCGGUCUCGCUGGGACUCAUUCUCGCUCUGAAAGUCCUCUCUUUUUGCACGCAGCGCCUCUCCUAUUUCGUUUCGCAGUCGAAUUAACCUUCAUCAUAUUCCCGCACACACAUAAAUUAAUCCAAUAGUAUUUGCCAUGCC